AUGACUAGCGCACCGACCCAUGCCUCAAUCUUCGAGUCCUUCCUGACUGAAUUGGCAAAAUCUUUCGAGUCACGCAACGUUCCUGACUUCGUCGAUCUGUUCCUCCCAGCUGGGUACUUCAGAGAUGUUCUAAUCUCUCAUUGGGGGUAUGCGUCCAUCUCCAAGGAUUCUCUGGACAAGUUCUUUCAGACUCACGGAGGACUUCCUAAUAUCGUCCCACGCUCGAUCAAAGUUGAUCCCAAGAAAACUUUGCCCCUCUUCAAUGAAGGGGUAAACUGGAUCCAGGGUUUUUUCGUGUUUGAAACGGACAUUGCUCUCGGAGAAGGCGUUGCUAGAAUUCAGUCAGAUCCAAACACAGGGAAUUACCGCCUGUUAACAUUGUCGCUCACGCUUCAUCAGUUCAAAAAUCACACCCCUCUUGCGGGCCCAAACCGCCCACGUGGAGUGCAGCGUGGACCGGAACGCUCACCCCUCAAUUGGCUAGAUGAGCGCGGGCUCAUAUCCUCAUUCAGCCCUAAUUCCCCAACCCCCAAUCCAACUGUGCUUAUUGUUGGUGCGGGACAUGCAGGUCUCAUGCUUGCUGCCAGGUUGAGACGUUUGGGGAUUUUGACUUUGUUGAUUGACAAAGAAGAACGUCUGGGGGAUUCAUGGAGAAAGAGGUACCACUCCCUCGUGCUUCACGACACGAUUUACGGUGAUGCGUUCCCGUAUCUUGCGUUCCCCGAUGAUUGGCCAGUGUUUAUCCCCAAGGACAAGAUAGCCAACUGGUUCGAAUCUUAUGCGAGUAUCAUGGAGCUCAACGUGUGGCUGAAGUCGACUGUGGAGCCCAAUUCUACGUCAUACGAUGAAGCUACGGAAACUUGGACAAUCUCCAUACGGAAAGGUGACGGUUCCGUUCGUCAACUGAAGUGCAAGCACAUUGUUCAGGCAACCGGCCAUUCAGGAGAGCCAAGCAUACCGCGUUUCGAAGGCGAAGAAACCUUUAAGGGCAGCAUCCGCCAUUCGAGCGUUCACGAAGGUGGGGCUCAAUGGCGAGGAAAGAAGGCCGUCGUUAUUGGCUCCGGCAAUUCUGGGCACGACAUUGCACAUGAAUUUUACAACAAUGGCGCUGCGGAAGUGACGAUUGUUCAACGUUCAGGGACCCUUGUAGUUUCUAGUGAGGCUGGUAUCCCAAAGCUUCUUGAGUCUGCAGGAUACAGGGAAGGAGGUUUGCCAAUUGAGGAAGCGGAUCUGUCUCUGGUUUCACUCCCUUGGAACUUCUUCGAACCUUAUUCGACCGCCCUCCACGCGAUGGUCCAGGAGGAAGAUAAAGACCUCAAUGAUGGUCUCGAACGUGCCGGCUUCAAGAUAGACGGCAAAGACAGUCCUGGAUUGUUUUACUUGUAUUUUCGCAAAGGGGGCGGCUAUUACAUCGAUGUUGGCUGCUCGUCCUUGAUUAUUGAUAGAAAAGUGAAGAUCAAACAAGGCCAAGAAGUGCAACAAUUCGAAGGAGAGGGCGUUAGAUUCGCAGAUGGAAGUCUAGUUAAAGCAGACGUUGUCGUCCUUGCCACUGGUUACAAAUCCAUGCGAGAGUCCUGUCGCAAGAUAUUCGGGAGCCAUGUCGCUGACCAAACUGGGACUGUGUGGGGAUUGGACCCCACUGGGGAGUUCAACGGCAUAUGGAAGUAUUCAGGUUGUCCGGGUUUCUGGUAUAUGGGUGGCAAUUUCCUCCUCUGCAGGAUAUACUCGAAAUACGUGGCGCUUUGGAUACAAGCCAUCGAGCAAAGGAUCGCGCCAAAGAGACCAUCUGUCCCCUAA